AUGCCACCACUUCAUGGCGAUAUCGUCGCUCCUCCACACCAUCCAAGUAGCUCAAAGAAGGACGUCGUAGGUUCGAAGAUCUACUAUGAUGGAUACAAGGUGGACAAGGGUUCCAAGGAUCUCGAGGGUUAUGCCCUCGCAGACCCCGGUUUCAACGGCAUUUGUGAGCUCGCGCCGGUUCCCGACGGCAUGAGUCGCAUCUUCUUCAAGCAACAUUUUCUCUCCAUGCAUGAAGGAGCCAAAGAGAACCGACUGAGGGCGAUAGGGACUGCGAUCAGUAUUGUCACUAGCCCGGCAGAUCCCCAGAAACAGGAGAAGGUGGAGGCGCCCGACGGCACGUUUGUUAUCUGCGCGUAA